UGGCGGUACGUUGUCGGACUGUACACUCCUCAAGCUAACUGGGCAUAAAGACGGAGUUGAAAUGGGUUUGUAGACACGCAGUUUGUUUUUUGUGACUAGAGUCAUUUUUCUGGUAAUGUAGUUAGCCAGCUGGCCCAACAUAUUGUAUAUAUACUUGAGUACUUAAAGGAAUCUCCAAUAAAUUAAAUGAAGACGACAAUAAAAUGGAUUAACGUUUCGUUGUAGUAUAUCAAUUUUAUCCCUAAUCAUACUGCUGAAAAAUGGUAUUUGAUCGUUAUGUAGCCUAUUUUGUUGAUUGUGUCCUUAUUCAAAAUUGUCUACACCACUUAGACACAGUAAAAAUGAACUACCCCUACGUACAUGAGUAGUCACAGCAAACCUCAUUGUGUGACUUUGAGUAAAAAUAAUUAAUAAUACAUAUAUGAUACUGAUUAACAAUGUUAUUACAACAAUGUAACUGUUGGUUCUCGCACUCGGCAGCCUCCCCACUGUCCUUGUCCUCCCUGCGUCUCCUUGUCCCUCCUCUGCGUCUGCUAACGGCGGCAAUGUGGCAGGUUGCACAGCAGCAAAGUGUGAAGCAUUAUGGGAUGCUGGAAGAUUUUGUGUCCCUGGUGACCGAUUCAGUUCCCGACCUACUAACAGACAAGCAGAAGAGCUUGUUGCUUCAUGCGCUGAGGGUCAAGGUGUGUGUGGGCAUUUGCUGUAUCUCAAUAAAUAGCCAUGUUGAAAUUUCUUCUUUUUAAGACUAUAGCAAUAUUUCCCUAGGUGGGAAGUAACACAGGACAUUGACUUGCAUUACUGUAAUUGAAUAGUAGUAGUCCUUAUGUACUUGUGCUUAUGUUUAGUUUAAAUAUUGUAUUUAGCUACAUUUAAGUUUAUUUCAUGUUUAGCAGUUUGUGGCUCGCGGAAAGAAACAGUUUUUUGAACCUGGGGGUUCUGCUCCAAAGGCUGCGGAACUUCUUUCAGAGUGACGCAGUGAGAACAGUUCAUGAUGGGGGUGGGAGGGUUCUUAACUGAUGUUGUGAGCCCUGGGCAAGCAGCGCUUUUUUUUUUCUUUUUUUUUUUUUUUACAAUUUUUUUUUUACAAUUUCCUGGAUAGGAGUAAGUGAAGUUCCAAUAAUUCUUUCCGCCGUCUUCACCACGCAGUGCAGGAAUUUCCAGUCAGAGACAUUGCAUGCUCUUGACCACAUCGGGUGUUAACAGGGUUUCCGGUACAUGUAAGUGAUCCCAGCCCACAACUACAAAAUAAAAGCGGCCGCUCCUUAAAAAUUAGGGGUUUUUUUAGAACUUUAAAACAAUUUUAAGUAACAUACAGUAUUGUAUGAAUGGAUAUAUAUGCUUUUGAUGCACGUAUAGAUUAUUAUUUACGCACAUAUUGACCACAGUUAGUUUGAAAACAAUUUCAAAUAUCAUCAAAAUGUUUCACUGUGCUUUAUUUUGAUGAGCAUGCACCGAAAUCGCCUGUGUGCCUUUGCUGGCACUUGCACACAUGACCAGAUACGCGACACGUCUCGUGUUGACUUUCACUUUGUUUCUUAUUAUCGGGAGAAUGAACAAUAGCCCGUAAAAUGUGUAGUCAAUUGGCGACAGCUUGUCACAUGCUAAGCCUAUCUAUGCCAGCCUGUGUGAUUACUCACGUUUCAAUCUCAUUCCACUUUCUGGCAUCUUUGUAUACACGUCUGACUGGCGGCAUCUAGCUAGCUUGUUUUUGUCGAGCUACAAGUGGCUAAUAUGUUCAUGGGAUACAUCAAUCAUCGAUCAUCAUCAUAACUUAUCUUUUUAAAGUGUCACUAGGUUAAUUGGCGACUCUAAAUUGUCCAUAGGUAUGAAUGUGAGUGUGAAUGGUUGUUUGUCUAUACGUAUGUGCCCUGCCAUUGGCUGGCGACCAGUCCAGGGUGUACCCCGCCUCUCGCCCGAAGUUAGCUGGGACAGCAUACCCCCUAUUUAGGAUAAGCGGCAUAGAAAAUGGAUGGAUGGAUAUAUUUAAAUUGUUAUUUUGUUAAUUGUGUUAUUGUUGCACAGCGGCAGCAGUCCCAUGCAGUGUCAUAUUUGGAAGACACAGCAGCAGCAUAACAAAUAAAACAAAGAUAGAGUAGCAGCACGUCCGCUGUCAUCCGUGUGAAUGGAGCAGGGCCAACCGAGGCAAAACGUGCAAAAAAAAGUCGUCCGAUAUCAAGGCAAACAUUUCCUUUUUUAGUGAGAACAUUUUUCCUAUAUGCAUAUGUCUUGUUUUUUUAUAAACUGUUUAAGGAAAAGGAAGAAUCGGAGCACUCAGGACAUAUUAGCUGUGUGUCUUGUAAACUUAAACCCAAGAAUUAUUUUGACAACCUGACAUGUCAUAAUGGAUAUUAAUCAAACACAUAUCAUGAUUAUAAAAUAAAAUUAGAGGAGCACUCGGAGUGCACAGACCUCCGCCAAGCCCCAUAGUUCCCCGCCAUAUUGUGAUUGACAACAAAAUAAUAAUCCUACAUUUUUUGCAUCAGCCUUUGAUAUUUUGUAGACCCUGUUGGGAACUUGUUCUGUAUUUUUUUCCAAGCGCUCUGAGCAUUUUUUGUGGAGUUAUAUGCACAAAUGCCAAAAAUGGUCCUACCUCUGUGUUAAAGAAUCCUUUAAAAAAAAUUCCUCGAUCCAGACGGUGAUCCGGAUCACCCCCCAAAUUUUAGCAGUUCUUCAUAUCCCAUUUCCGACAAUUCCUGAAAUUUUCAUCCAAAUCCAUUCAAAACUUUUCAAGUUAUUUUGAACACAAACAAACAGAUAAACACAGGCAAAAAUGAGAAAAGCACUCUGAGAGUGCAGACCUCCGCAAAGUGCCAUAGUUUCCCCCAUAUUGUGAUUUACAUCAGAAAUAUUAGCAUACUGGCAGUGCUAACAUGUUAACUUUAGCAUUCUAACACCUAGCAUGAUAGAGCAAUGUACUGGGAAGGCUAAAUGUCCCAAAUGAGUUCAGUCUUUACUUCGGAACAGUCUGAUUCGGUUGAGAAAUGUGGAAGUAGGUAGAACUUUUUAGAUCAAACGCAUUUUGCAUUUCGAAAAAUGGGAAUGUCAAGAAACGUGAGAAAUCUUGAUGUGUGGAAAAUGGCAUGAAUGUCCUUAAUUAGUUCAGUGAUUUGAUGUUGGAACGGUCUGAAUCAGUUGAGAAAUGUGGAAGUAGCUGGAACUCUCUCAAAGGCGUUUUGUGUUCCAAAAGAAAAAAAUAAUUUUUGUGCUGUGGCUAUUAGCAUGAAUGUCCUGACUUUGUUGAAUGAGUUGACGUUGGAAUGAAGUGAAUCAGUUGAGAAAUGUGGAAGUAGUAGUAGGUAAUAGUGUUUUUAUGGAAAAGUGUGAAUUUUGGGGAAAAUGUUGGAUUUUUUUUCAGAAUAAAUACAGGUAGCCUGAAUGUCCUGAACGUGUUGAACAGUUUGAUGUUGGAAUGGCUUGAAUCGGUUGAGAAAUGUGGCAGUAGUAGUAGCAGUUAAUAAUUAGUUGUAGGGAAAAGGGUGAAUUUUGGGAAAAAUUUGAAUGUUGGAUUUUGGAUCACCCCCAAAAUUUAGUCGGUUCUUCCAUAUCCCAUUACCAACAAUUCCUUCAUCCAAAUCCAUUGAGAACGUUUCAAGUUAUUUUGAACACAAACAUAUUCAUGCAAUAAUGGAUAAAUCUUUAUUGGCUUCCAUUGCAACAUAUGAUUUCAUGUCACCACUUAAAAUGUGCGUCGCCUUUUUGCCGUGUCUCCAAAAAGUGCGUACACCAACUGCAAAGGUGCAUUCCCACGGCAGGUUGUGUCUUUAUAGGUGACAUACUUUGCCUGGAAAACGGCAUACGAAACUUUUCUACCCCGUUUUGGGCGUACGCAAGCUUUAUAGACCCUUGGUGUGUUGGGAGGAUGUGAUCUUCAAUAAACUCUCCAAGCACUUCAUUAGGAUGGAGGUUGCCCUCUGCAAUGAAACGCAGCCUGGCCACGCCCAACUUGGACGAAUUCACUCCAUGGCACCGCCUAGAUCACGAUCACUGAUUGAUGACUGUGAUUCUGUGCUUUUGACUCUUACUGAUAAAGCGAGUCCACUGGAGAGGCAGCGCCUCUUGCAGGACGUGUUCAACCAGACGUUUGACGGCGCUGUCCAGACUCUCCUCUCUGAUUUCCUUGGAAGGAUCGAACAGCUUUUUCCAGUUCCUGACUUUAAACAGGCUGUGUCAUGGCUCAGCGCUGCCCCUUCUGGCCUCGAUGACUGUCUCGGUGUGGCUGACAGGGAUGACCUGAAAAUGCUACUGACCAAUCAGAGCUGUCAGCUGGGACAAGUCACCUCUGCAGUUGAUUGUGCCACAGAGAAGAUCCUUCUCUCUGCUUGGUCCCAUCCCCUCAUCACAAAGCUAACCAAUCAUGAGCCCCCUCCCCUCAAUGCACAAGCACAUUCAGAUGCCCACACUGACAUUGGGAGUCCCAACCAGCGUGAUGUGGCGGUGAUGGUGAUGAUGGAGGAUGAAAAGGAGGCGAUUGUGUCCGGCCAGAUGUCAUCACCAGCUGAUCUGAAGUCCAGUCCCAGUUCAUAUGAGGAUUCUGUGAACCUGGAGGCACAAAGAUUGAAGGACUCGCACCCUAAUGACCCAUCAGGGCAAGUGUCAGAUCAACCACGUACUGACAUCAUGGCUGACCCUCUUUACAGCUUUUCCCAUCACUCUCAACGAGUGGCUCACAAAUGUCCCAAGUGUGGGAAAUGUUUCAUCUACCGCUCUCAGGUUAUACGUCACCUGCGAACCAGCAAGUCCUGCGUCCACACCUUAACCACAACUGCAGCUGCAAAUCAGGACAGUAUACAUGCCAGUGAUGAGGAGCCAAGCCUUGAAGAGCGACACCCCACUGGAAGCCACCCUUGCUUUCAGUGCGAUAGUGUGUUCAAAACCAAAGCUGAACUGCUCUUACACCAGCGCAGUCACCGGGCGCGGCCCAUAUUUCGUUGUGGCCAAUGUGACAAGGAGUUCCUUCACCUGUCCAGUUUGACCAAUCACAAGCAGACACACCAGGAAAAUGGCGGCAUCACCUGCAGCCAGUGCGGCAAAGUGUUUGGGUCGGCUGAAGAGAGAGACGCACACAGCCGGCAGCACCGGCCGCCUGACCUCACCUGCACUCUUUGCUCGCAGAUGUUCACCUCGCAGUCGCAGCUUCUGCGACACCUGCAGACACACUCGGUGGAGGGUGCUGAGCCGUGCUUUUCCUGCCGCUUCUGUGACCAGACGUUCUCAGGUGUGACUCUACUUCGUAUCCAUCAGCGCUCCCACAAAACCCGAUCGUACAAGUGUGACCAGUGCGACAAGACCUUUGCCUCACUUACUGGCCUUCAGUCCCACCGGACAAGUCACAGCACGGACAACCGCUUCCUCUGCCCUCAAUGCGGCAAAUGGUUCAAGACACGUGAUGGGCUGGAGGGCCACCUGAGGAGGCACAGUGGUGAGCGGCCGUACCGCUGCCCCUACUGUCCCAAAGACUUUGCUGCGCUUGCUGGCCUCAAUGUGCAUGUGCGGCGGCACACCGGGGAACGCCCGUAUGUGUGCACAUUUUGCAGCAAGGGCUGGCCAUCCGGAGGCGACCUGCAAAAACACAUGCGGAUUCACACAGGUGAACGUCCGUUCACCUGCCAGGAGUGUGGGAAGUCCUUCUCAAAUUCCUGUCACCUCACUGAACAUCGCCGCAUCCACACUGGCGAGAAGCCUUUUUCCUGUCCCGAAUGUGGAAAAUGUUUACGGAGGAAGUUCGAUCUGAAGAAACACAUGUUGUGUCACAGCAACAAUCGUCCAUACGCCUGCACUUCCUGUCCCAAGAGCUACACUCGCAAGACUCACCUUAACAGACACCUAUUGACACACAAGCAAGCUGGUGGUGAGCCGAAGGCAGCCGAUGAAGUUUGACACUUUUUUUAGUGCUUUUAAAUGAAGUGAUGAACUUUUGCUAGUGUUGUCACUGGCAUGUCUGAAGGGUGUCAGUACAGUAAGUUUUUACUGAAAUUUUAACUGAAAUGUUUUAUUGUAACCGUUGAUAGACAACGUUGAUUGUAUUUGUGUGUUGCUUCAUGUCAUUCAGAGUCAUUUGUGAAUCAAACAAAUUUUAUUAGUGUAAAUAUGCAUAAGUCUA